CCUCCUCCAUAGCUGAUGUGUGCUUCUCCUUCUCCUUCUCCUUCUCCUCCUGUUCCUGUUGCAACCGUUUCCGUUCAGCCUCCUCCUCAGCUUUCCUCCGCUCCUCCUCUAGUCGGAGACGCUCCUUUUCUUUCUCCUCUUCCUCCUUCUUCAACCGCUCCUUUUCAGCGGCCUCCUCCUCUAGCCGCUUCUUCUCAGUCGCUUCUCGUUCCUGUUUCUCUUUAUCCUCCUUCUCCUCUCGCUCCUUCUUCUCCCUCGCUCCGUUCUCCAACCUCUCCUUCUCCUCUUUCUCCAUGGGCUCUUUCGCUUCCUUCUCCUCCUUCUCCUUCUCUUCCUUCUCCCUACGCUCCUUCUCCUCCCUCUCCUUCUUGGCUUUGGAAUCUGCCUCUGCCUUGGCUUUGGCCUGCUCCUUCUCCUGUUCACCUGCUAGGCGUUUUGACCGCUCCUCUUCGAGCUCCGUGCGUACAAUAGACCGUCGAUUAGGGCUGCCAUACGCGGGCGACACGACCGGCGAAAGCGUAACGCCAGACAAAGCGGGACUGAGUUUCUGGUUACUAAGAUUUGUCAAGUUGAUUUCCGUCCCGUCUGCAUUUUUCAGUGAAAUUCGAGCACUCGAUCGUUGACCGGAUACAAACGUGUUGGUGUUGGUG